AAUUCCCACCACCGCUAGACUGAAAACAAGUAAGGGUAAGGGUACCUGUACUGUAGAGACUACUAUCGUAGCUGUUCUAACCCAUCGUACCGGAAGAUCCUCCUCAAUCAUUCGUGAUUGCUUCUCGGGCAUUCGGACCUUCUUCCCGCCUCGCGAAUCAUCCUUGCCCCCAUCUCCAGAGCCUCUUGAUCCUGGUCAAGCCGUUAACAAAUACCGGUCCUAAAGCCUACCGCCGCCUUAUCUCUAUUUUCCCCCAUUUCGUCUGCUUUCGCUCUCUCCUUUUCUCUCUUCCUUUCCCCUACUUUACUUUACUGUUAUAUACUGGUAUUCCCGACGCGGACAUAUUUCUCUUACAUCGCCAUCCUAGAAACUAUGGGGCGCGACACGAAUGCACGCAAGUCGCUCGGAACUUUCCAUAUGAAGAUCAAAGAGUCACGAGUUCUUAUGGUUGGCGCCGGCGGGAUCGGCUGUGAACUUUUGAAGAAUCUGGUGUUGACGGGAUUCGGAGAGAUUCACAUUGUCGACAUGGACACCAUUGACCUGAGCAAUCUCAACCGCCAGUUCUUGUUCGGGAUGCAGCAUAUCAAAAAAUCCAAGGCUAUGGUGGCGAAGGAGACUGCCGGAAAAUUCAACCCCAAUGUCAAGCUCGAGGCUCACCACGCCAACAUCAAGGAUCCCGAAUUCAACGUCAAGUGGUUCGGGGGCUUCAAUGUGGUAUUCAAUGCUCUAGACAAUCUCGAAGCGCGGAGACACGUCAAUAAGAUGUGCCUGUCAGCGGAUGUCCCUUUGAUCGAGAGCGGUACUACCGGGUUUGAUGGGCAGGUUCAGGUUAUCAAGCGGGGAAAAACUGAAUGCUACGACUGCACGCACAAAGCAACUCCCAAGAGCUUCCCGGUGUGUACUAUCCGGAGCACACCUAGCCAGCCUAUUCAUUGCAUUGUUUGGGCUAAGAGUUAUCUUCUUGUUGAAAUUUUUGGAACCUCAGAAGAGAGUUCGCCCGACCUAGACCCAACUGAGGAUUCUGAGAAUUCCCGCGAAAUCGCAAAUCUAAAACGGGAAGCGGAAGAACUAAAGAAUAUCCGCGAAAAGAUGGACUCUCCCGAUUUCGCCGCUACCGUAUUUAAUAAAGUUUUUAGAGAUGACAUCAACCGCCUUCGGUCAAUGGAUGAGAUGUGGAAGUCCCGGAAGCCGCCAGAGGCUCUUGACCAUCAAAUGGUCUCAGAUGAAGCCAAGGGUAUUGAUGCCAAGGUUUCUGAGAAUGACCAGAAAAUUUGGUCACUAGUGGAAAAUUACAUCAUGUUCGAAGACAGUUUGCGUCGAUUAGCGGAACGUGUACUGGAUAUGAAGAGGGAUCAGGUUGGAGAUGAAGCUGCUCCAAUCAUAACAUUUGAUAAAGAUGACGAGGAUACCUUGGAUUUUGUUGCGGCGAGUGCAAACCUGAGAAGUUUGGUCUUUGGAAUUAAUGUGAAGUCGAAGUUUGAUAUCAAGCAGAUGGCUGGAAAUAUUAUCCCCGCUAUUGCAACUACAAAUGCGAUUACUGCUGGUCUUUGCGUUCUGCAAGCGUUCAAGGUUCUUCGUGAUGACUUUACCUCGGCGCGAACUAUUUUCCUCUCUCGUUUGGCGGACCGAGCUUUCUGCACGGAAAAACCCAGUCCCCCUAACCCCACGUGCGGAGUAUGCAGCGUAGCCCGGACUGCCAUUGAGGCAGACAUUGAACGAGCUACUCUUGGGGAUCUUUUGGACAAUGUAUUGAGAGAUGGCUUAAGAUAUGGAGGAGAAAUUACCGUCAUGACUUCCCAACUGUUGUACGAUUGUGAUUUUGACGAUAAUAUCGACAGAACUUUAAAGGGAUUAGGAUUCAGUGAAGAAACAUUUGUCACCGUUGUGGACGAUGAGGAUGAUCCAAGAAUCAACCUGGAAGUUUUGGUUACCAACACUCAGCUUCCUGAAGACUCCACCCCAAUUACCAUCCCCGCUUACUUCGAAAUCCCGAAAAAGUCAUCAGCCAAGCUCGAAACCCCAGAGCCAUCGUCACUAAACGGAAACAGUGCGAACGGGAGCGCAACCAAGCGUUCAAUUGAGGAGGUUAUCGGCUCUGACGAGUUAGACCAAUCCAACGGCCCCGAUACCAAGAAACUUAGGAGAGACAUUGUCGUCGAAGAUAGAGUCCCUGCUUCUGCCAAGAAACUUGGUAAAAUGCCAGCUACAGAGAUGGACGACAUUGUCGUCAUUGAUGACGAUGGAACCAUCACUAUUGAUUGA